AUGAAGGCGUCUUUUCUUCUUGUGGCCGCUGCCUGCGCUGCCGUGGCUGAGGCUGAAGUCCAUCUGCCGUACGCUCUCCAAUCUCCAUUGAUCGCCGCCGCUGCCGCCGACAGCGGUGUCAAGUCCCGGACCCCGGAUGAUCGCCGAUCCAUGCCUACGUUGGACAUCUUGACCGAUGGCUGGAAUUACCUUGUCAACGUCUCCGUAGGCACCCCUCCGCAGCAAAUGUCAAUGAGACUGAACGUGCAAGCUAGCGCAUCUUGGGUCCCUAACGUCGAGUCCUGCGAUAGCUCCUCCCGUCGCUAUAUCAAUGCGAGCUCUUAUUACGAAGAGUACAUCAGGUGUACCGAAAAGAUCAACAAACUCAUUGGGGGUGAAUACGUCGUUGGCGAUUGGAUCAGCGAUGUCCUUGACUUAGCCGGCACCCGAAUACCCAAGUUCGUCAUGGGGGGCGUUGAAAUUCAAAUGGCCGACACGAUGGUUGGCGUGCUUGGCCUCGGCUACAACGAGAGCUAUUAUCACUCGGACGUCGAACAGAGUGACUCGACUACGACUCUCACUGUACCCGAGCGCUUGGUUAAAGACGGCCUCAUCACUUCUCCCGCAUACAGUCUCUGGCUAGAUGAUAAGUCGGCCAAGUCAGGCAAACUUCUCCUGGGCGCCAUCGACAGGUCCAAAUUCGAGGGGCCCCUUAUCCGCAUUCGAACCAACAGCUUCUCGGCGUCCUCAGCGUCAGGGAGAACCAAAACGUUUGAUACUGUCAUUCAUUCCGUGAAUGGCACCGAGUCAGCGACCGAUGAUCUCAAACCUUUAGGGAAUGGUUCUCUGUCUUCAUCCGAGAGAUACUACCUUUACGAAAAUCGAUUCCUCCCUGUCAAGCUUGCACCCGAGAGCACUUUAUCCGUCUUACCUCCUGCUCUUGCCCAAGACUCUUGGUUUCUUGCCGGUGCCUUCUGGAAUGCCGACCUUCUCCGUACUGUUAUACCAUGCACCGUGGCCGAGAAAUCCACCGGACACAUCGUCAUGCAACUCGAUGGAACCGACGGACCGGUAUUGAACGUUUCCAUCGCAGAUCUGGGGACUCAUAACUCCUUGACGGGCUACAGCAUCGAAGAUUACGUACUCGGCGGCGCCGUGUCCAAGCAGGCAUACAUAGUCUUUAACCUCGCCAACGCGGAGAUGGCCAUCGCGCAGACCAAGUCGAAGCACGAGAAGACGCAGACAAGGUACAUGGUGGCCGUCCGCGGGAACCCCCCUCCGACGACCCGUCCGCGCCGUUUGCCCCGGGAAUAUCGUUCCACUGACCUCAGGCUCACCAGGCACGUAGAGUUGAUCGGCACGACAUUGGGCUUAAAGAUAUCGGUGGCGCGUUAUCGUGCUGCUAGAGGCCAUGGCAUCACCGCGACCGAGGACAUAGUCCCCUAUUGCUUCUUCUCGAUCAACGCAAAGUACUCGCCGGAGUGCACUGGUGAUGGUUCUGGAGCUGGGAAUAGUGGCAAGGACGGUAAUGGCGACGGUGGCUACGGCGGUUAUGGUGACAUCUGCUUACCCUCGUCCAUCUCACGAUCAAUCAAGCUCGGUGUCGGUCUGGGCGUUGGGCUGCUUUGUCUUGUCGUGAUAUGCUUGUCCAUCUGGGCCAUCAGGAGAUGCCGUCGGAUUAGAAAGGCGGAGGAGCAUUUGUCUGAGAAACAAGCAGACAUGGAGCAAGGUGCGGCCGAUGCCCGGAUUGGCGCUGGGGGCGGAGACAACGUGGCCCAAGAUGUUUCUCUGCCACAAAAGCCGCCAUCUGCCGUGACACGAGAGCCCCCCACGACCGAUGCGGCCGAGGGACGGGACAAUCUCGAGGAUGCGGUAUCCACGAGACCAUAG